AUGGCCUUUGAAUGCGACAAUAUGAAUGUGGUGUUCUCAAAGUGUUAAAGACUGUGUACAGUGUUCCUGUUCUAAUUAAAUAAUGAUAAGUUCAAUUCUUAAUUAAAUAAAUGUAUUGAAAGUUUAUAGUGCAUUUGUGAUUGCGUUCUUCGUUAUAAAUACCACAGUGUCUUCGAAAUGGAGGAGGAGGAAGAUGAAAGGAAAAACAGGCGACCAAACCUCGCCGAGUUUAGUUCUAUAAACGCACGCGUAGUUCACGCUUCAUUAGAGGAAGGAUUGAUUCGCCAACAGAUCUCAUCUGAAUCUAAUGAUGCAAACACAUCUAGUAUUUCCGCCACCCAGUUUAGUGAUAGAAGUUUUGUGUCAAAAACGAGCACUUUCUCUAGAAGCGGCACUUCGAGCUCUAGUCAAGAAGAAUGCGAGGUAGCAAAAACAACAAUAACAAGUGGUCAGUAUUUGGCAGCCGCUCGGGUGGAAUCAGCUAGGUCGAUGGAAAGUCUACGUCCAACUAGCGACGCGUCACCGGCGCGCCCGGCUAGUUCUUGUACAUCAAUUCGUAUCCAUCGCAGUUCUUUUCUGACUGCAAGUGAACGAGAUGUGAGAGAAUCUCGGGGAGCGCCAGCCAGACGCGCUCUUUCUGGUGAAGAUAUGGGAAACUCAGCGGAAAAAAGACGAGGACUUUUUGCCAGUACUGAGCGCCGAGCGUUGCAACAGCUCAGCUUACCUCCGCCCGAGCGGCGACUGACUAUUUUAAGCCCGCACAGUCCAAUGGCAAUGAGUGAACUACAAUGGCCUGCCCCUUCUGGUAUUCGUGGCAGGCGGAAGAAAGGAAUGGUGCUACCGAAACUAAUAUUACCUCGUAGCGAUUCCGAUGGCUCUGAAGUAUUUUUUGAAAGGUGCAUUUUUUAAUAUCAACAUACAUUUAGAUUAGGCGUUUUUUUCUGCCGUGAAUCAGUAAUGUCUAAGCGUUAUUGUGUUUCAGUAUGAAGGGCGCAGUAGCUAAUGAAAUUACUGGGUAAAUGAGACUUAUCAACUUAUGUCUCAAGGUGACGAGCGUAAAUGUAGAAUUUUUGGGUUUUUGUCAACGUCCUGCUCGUCUCGUCCCUUAAUGUAAUAAAAAAACAUAAAGUUUCAACUAUUCAUAUUUAUAUAUUUUCUUGAAAUAUGCGCUUCAAGGGAUUAUCAUUAGAUAUUGUAUGUUUACAUCCAGUCAGUUUCUUAAUGGUGGUAAAUCAAAAUAUAUUCAUAAAUAUAUUUUGUAUAUAUAUAUGUAUGUAUAAUAUUAUAUGUUUUAAGCAAAUGUAAAUCUUCUUCAUGAGUUUGUAUUUUGUGUUGUAAAGGUUACAUAAAAUCAAGCUGAAAUAUCAGCUUAAAUGAAUUACUGAAUAUACAAUAAACGCCAAACAUGUUUACUGUUAUGAUUUGAAUUUUAUUACAUUAAAUUCAUGUUCGUGUAAAUUUUAACAAUAACCUACUGCUUAAUUAUAUACUGUUGCACAUGUUUACACUGUUUUCAUUUUACUGCAAAUACAGAUUUGCCAACUUAUUUAAAAUUAAAAUAAACUACUUAUUGUACAAUUAAAAACGAAUUCACACAGUACCAGUACAGAUACCAGUGGGAGGCUCCUUUACACAGGAUGCCGGCUAGAUUAUGGGUACCACAACGGUGCCUAUUUCUGCCGUGAAGCAGUAAUGUGCGAGCAUUGCUAUAUUUCGGUCUGAAAGCUAGUGAAAUUACUGGGAAAAUGAGACUUAACAUCUUAUGUAUCAAUUGUCGAGCGCAGUUAUAGUGCCACUCAGAAUUUUCGGGUUUUUCAAGAAUUCGAGCAGCACUGCAUUGUCCUGCUCGUCUUGACGUAUUGUCAUAAAAAAAACACGAUUUAUGUUUAUUUUUGGUCAAAAUUUCGGUCUUCUAACGCGCACUUAAAAGUGGUUUUGUCCUUCAGUUAAUAUUUUAUUAGACUAUUAUAGUAAUCAAGAAUUUCUACUAUUUCUUUGUUGGUUAGCUAUUUAGUCACAAUUUAGAUUUUUUAACAACAUCCGGAAUUUCAUUGUACAUCUCAUCAAUUCACGUAAAUUGUCUUUGUGUGUAUCUCGUUUUGUAUUUUGUGUGUAUUUCUUUGAUAUACUUGUUUUUAAUAAACAAUGACACAAUAUAAUUUUCUGGAAUCCAGCCAAAUCUAUGAUUUCAUCAAAGAUAUGAAACAUGUCAAAAAUUUUGCUUUAGCACUAAAUCAAAUAUAAACAUCAUUUGAAAGCUUCA